GGCUGUACUUGUUGUAUCACUCCAACACCCAACCAACCGAUUGCUACAUUCCUSCGAACGCCCGCACAAUACAACGGUGGAGAUCGCAGCAACGAACAAUCCAUCCAUCCACCCACCCAUCCAGUAAAACACACAACACACGACACGACACACAUACCGCACUGCUGUACUACCGCACCCGCCAUGAGCUACAACCGCAGCGGCCGCAAGGCCCCCGGCGCCGGGAUGACCAAGAGGCAGAAGCACAACGCGGAGCAGAAGCGGUCCGCGAGGGCCGUCGGCCUGACGGAGUUUUCCCAGAAGAGGGGCCAGGUCCGGGCCCUGGAGGAGUUCAAGAAGCGAAAGACCCGCAAGCACCUGGAGACCUCCAUCGCCCUGCGCAAGUACCGCAGGCUCAUGAAGAAGGAGGGCCUGGAGGCCGGGACGGGGGCCAGCCGGAAGAGGAGGCCGGGGCCCGAAACCGGCGACGAAGAAGGAGGCGAAGCGGAAGCCCAAGCGGAAGCCAUCGACGCGGGCGAGAACUGGAACGACGAGGAGGUCCCCGUGGUGGGCGACAGCGACGACAGCAGCAGCGACGACGACAGCGAUGAUGACAGCGACGAUGACAGCGACGACGAAAACAACAGCAACAACAACAACAACAACAACAGCGACGAAAAGAACGACGACAACACCGACGACGAAGGGAAAGAACCAUCGGGGCUGCCUUCCGCCGCCGCUGACGACGACGCCACAAUCCAGAAACCAGAGUCGAAUUCGAAUUCGAAUACGAAUUCGAAACCAAGCCGCAAGCCGAAGCGGUCCGACCCCCUGGCCCGGGCCAGGGAGAAGGCCGCCGAGAACAAGCGGAGGGCCGAGGAGGCCAGGAAGCAGAGGGAGGCCUCGGAGAGGGARCGUGCCGAGAAGCUACGGUACCGGAAGCAGCAGACGAGGCUCCUGCAGAAGCGGACCCGCCGCGGCCAGCCCAUCAUGAAGCACGCCAUCAACAACCUGCUGCACAAGCUCGAGAAACAGCAACACCAGCAAGACCAGCCACACCCACAGAAAGAACGCGGGGAAACGCGAAAACGCCCCCGGACCCCGCGCGGCAACCCGCAGAGGCAGCAGCAGAAGGGAGGAGUUGACCACACGAAACAGGAACGUCCGGCGGGCGAUCCCCCGAAAAAGAAAAAAAARUCUCGAAAAUUCUACUAGGCGAUGCUGCGGCACGCACACUGCCACCGAUCCACCGCGAAACGAUGACAACCACGACAACCACAACUACAACAACAACUA